AUGAGUUUUAAUAACUCUGUAUUGAACGCUUCAAAGCUUGUCAGAUCUGUUAAUGAGUCUACUGAAAAAUCUUCUGAUAUAAAGGAUUCUGAGGAAAGCAUUAACACUGAAAGCACUCCAACACAAAUUUAUCAUGGUUUUGACAGCAAUACUGAAAACCAAAUUCAACAAUUAGCUAGACAAUUUACUCAUCAAUCAUCUAUUAGUAAAACUAAUACAAAUAAUGAUUCCACACAUAACAACAAAAAUGAUUUAAAUCUAAUAAAAACCUUGAGCUCAAUGUCUCAUCAAUAUGAUGCUCCAGGUAUUUCUACUUUCAACGCUGAUAACAUUGAUGAAAGAUUAGAUCCGAAUUCUUCAAACUUUAACUCGAGAUACUGGGUCCAAAAUUUGAGAAGAUUUACCGACAAAGAACCUGAUUAUUACAAACCAAUGACUCUUGGUGUUGCCUGGAAAAAUUUAAAAAGUUUUGGCAUUGUUUCAGGUGCUGAUUACCAAACAACUGUUGGUAAUGGUAUUUUUAAGUAUAUUGAUAAAGCAAUUCAUUUACUUCCAGGAACUUCUCUGAAAACAUAUUUUGAUAUUUUGAAACCAAUGGAUGGUAUUGUUUAUCCUGGUGAAAUCCUAGCUGUUUUAGGAAGACCUGGUGCUGGUUGCAGUACUUUUUUAAAAUCAAUUGCAGGCCAUACUUACGGUUACCACAUUGAUAAAAACUCGAUUAUUUCUUAUGAUGGAAUAAGUCAAGAUGAAAUUAGAAAUCAUUUUCGAGGUGAAGUUAUUUACAAUGCAGAGACUGAGAGCCAUUUCCCUCACCUAACUGUUUGGGAAACCCUAAAUACAGCUGCGAAAUUGAAAACUCCUCAAAACAGAAUUCCUGGUAUUUCCAGAGAUGCAUACGCUAAACAUAUGACUGACGUUUAUUUGGCUAUGUAUGGGUUGUCUAGUGUGAAAGACACUAAAUCUGGAGAUGAAUAUAUCAGAGGUAUCUCUGGUGGUGAGCGAAAACGAUUAAGUAUUACCGAAGCUUCGUUAUGUGGUGCUCCUUUUCAAUUGUGGGAUAACAGUACAAGAGGUCUAGAUUCUGCUAAUGCUGUCGAGUUCACCAAAUGCCUUCGAACUCAAGCUGAUAUUUUAAACUAUACAACUUUUGUUUCAAUUUAUCAAUGUUCAGAUGAAGUUUACAGUUUAUAUGACAAAGUUUGCUUAUUAUAUGAAGGUCAUCAGAUUUAUUUUGGUUCUACUGAUAAGGCCAAAAGAUUUUUUCUUCAAAUGGGAUUUCUAUGUCCACAACGUCAAACUGCUGCAGAUUUUUUAACCUCGUUGACUAACCCAAAUCAAAGAAUUAUCAAGAAGGGUUACGAAAAUAAAGUCCCACGAACCCCAAAGGAAUUCGAAACUUAUUGGAAGAGUUCCGAAGAAUAUAAAGAGCUUAUUGAAGAGGUUGAUGAUUAUGUCGAAAGGCAAUCCGGCGAUUCAACAGAUGCUGUUGAGUUUAAAGAGGGUCAUUAUGCACGCCAAUCAAAAAUAAGCAGAAAAGCUUCUUCUUAUACUGUUUCAUUUUGGAUGCAAGUUAAAUAUAUUUUGAUACGUGAUUUUCAAAGAAUUAGAAAUAAUUUUAGCUAUACAGCUGUUAGUAUUUUUGGGAAUGUUUUAAUGGCUUUAUUAAUAGGAUCCAUUUUUUAUGACUUGCCUUAUGAUACUGGUUCAUUUUAUUAUCGUUGUUCUGCAUUAUUUGUUGCUUUGCUUUUCAAUGCAUUUUCUUCUCUUUUAGAAAUUCUUUCAUUAUAUGAAGCAAGACCAAUAGUUGAGAAACAUAAAAAAUAUUCGUUAUAUCAUCCUGCUGCGGAUGCAAUGGCAUCUAUUCUUUCAGAGCUUCCAACCAAACUACUUCAAGCUCUUGUUUUCAAUAUCCCGUUUUAUUUUAUGGUUCAUUUUAGGAGAACUGCUGGGGCAUUUUUUUUCUUUUUUUUCACUGCUUUUCUUUCCACUAUUUGCAUGUCUCAUCUCUUUCGAUGCAUUGGUGCUGCAACAAAAACUUUAUACGAAUCUAUGAGUCCUGCUUCAAUCUUAUUGCUAGCACUUACCGUUUAUAUGGGAUUUGUUAUACCCACAGACUAUAUGCUUGGUUGGUCUAGAUGGAUUAAUUAUAUUAAUCCAUUGGGCUAUACAUUUGAAUCAUUUAUGGCCAAUGAAUUUCACAAUGUCAAAUUUGAUUGUUCUCAAUACGUUCCCGCUGGUCCUUCAUACACUGAUAUUGGUAGUGAAAAUGUGGUCUGUAAUGCUGUUGGAUCUGUGACCGGUGUUGAUUACGUUCUUGGUGAUGAUUAUUUAAGAUUGGCUUUUAAAUAUUAUAAUUCCCAUAAAUGGAGAAACAUUGGAAUUAUUCUUGGUUACAUUAUAUUUUUCCUUGCUCUUUAUAUAAUUCUUUGUGAAUUUAAUGAAGGUGCAAAGCAAAAGGGUGAAGUUUUAUUGUUCCAAAGAAAAGCAUUGAAAAACUUGAAAAAACAAAAGAUGUUAGAUGUUGUUCCAGAUAUUGAAACAGGCAAUACAAAUGAAAGAGUUAUUUAUGAUGAAAGCGAAUCUAGUGAUGAUUUAAAAAUGAAAAUUGAUUCGGGGUCCAAAGUUUUUCAUUGGAAAAAUGUUUGUUAUGAUAUACAAAUAAAAGGAAAAACUCGAAGGAUUUUAAACAAUGUCUCUGGUUGGGUAAAACCAGGCACAGUUACAGCUCUAAUGGGUGCUUCAGGUGCUGGAAAAACCACAUUAUUGGACGUUCUUGCAAACCGAGUGACAAUGGGUAUUGUUCAUGGUGAUAUGUUUGUGAAUGGUCAUUUACGGGAUAAAUCGUUUCAAAGGUUAACUGGCUAUGUUCAACAGCAAGAUUUACAUUUAACUUCAUCAACAGUGAGAGAAGCAUUGAGGUUUAGUGCAUACUUAAGACAACCUUAUAAUAUACCGAAGGAAGAAAAGGAUGAGUACGUUGAAAAUGUCAUCAAAACAUUAGAGAUGCAAAAGUAUGCAGAUUCAGUGGUUGGUGUUACUGGCGAGGGAUUGAAUGUUGAGCAACGUAAAAGAUUGAGUAUUGGUGUUGAAUUAGUUGCCAAACCUGAACUACUUUUAUUCUUGGAUGAGCCCACAUCUGGAUUGGAUUCUGAAACAGCAUGGUCCAUUUGUCGACUAAUUAGAAAACUAGCAGAUCAAGGCCAGGCCAUUUUGUGUACUAUCCACCAACCUUCUGCCUUAUUGUUGGACAGAUUUGAUAGACUACUUUUGUUAAAACCUGGUGGUCAGACAGUUUACUUUGGGGAUCUCGGUGAUAGGUGUCAGACAUUAAUUAACUAUUUUGAAAAAUAUGGUGAUAAGAAAUGUCCAGCUACUGCCAAUCCAGCUGAAUGGAUGCUAGAUGUUAUUGGAAGUGCUCCAGGAUCUCAUGUUGAUAAAGAUUACAGUGAGGUUUGGUUAGAUUCAUCUGAAUAUCUAGAGGUUUUAAAGGAAUUGGAAUAUAUGGAAAAGGAGCUAGUUAAGAUAGAUAAACUGGAAUCAUUAAAUAUGCAAGAAGAGUUUGCAGCACCACUUUGGUAUCAAUACAAAAUUGUUCUCAGAAGAAUAUUUGAACAAUUGUGGAGAACACCUUUGUACAUUUGGUCGAAGAUUCUUUUAACGGCUGCGACUCAAUUGUUUAAUGGGUUUUCAUUUUUCAAAGCUAAUAAUUCGCAACAAGGGUUGCAAAAUCAGAUUCUUUCAGUUUUUAUGAACACUAUAUUAUUUACCACAUUAUCUUUUCAAAUGUUUGAUUCGUUUGUUUCGCAAAGGGAAAUAUACGAGAUUCGGGAAAGACCAUCAAAGACGUUUAGUUGGAAAGUGUUUAUUGGAGCAAUAGUGACAGCAGAGGUACCAUAUAGUAUUAUCUGUGGGACGAUUGGGUUCUUCUGUUGGUAUUAUCCAUUGGGGCUUUAUCGUAAUGCAGAAUAUACCGAUACAGUGGCAGAAAGAGGAGUUUUGGUGUGGUUGUUUCUCAUUACAUUUUUUCUUUGGAGUAUUGGAUUUGGACAAGCAAUUUUGGCAGGAAUUGAUCGAAAAGAGACAGCAGGAAUUUUCUCGAAUCUUUUGUUUACAAUUUGUAUGGUGUUCAAUGGGGUUAUGGUUACAAAAGAUAAGAUGCCUGGAUUUUGGAUAUUUAUGUAUCGAGUCUCGCCAUUAACUUAUUGGGUUCAGGGAGUGAUGGCGACAGGCGUUGCAAAUGCACCAGUUGUUUGCAAUGGUGUUGAAAUGUUGAAGUUCAAGCCAACCAGUGGAUUGACCUGUUCGGAGUAUAUGGAAAGCUAUAUGGAGGCAGUUGGUGGGUAUUUGAGAGAUGAAAACUCGACAGAGGAGUGUUUUUAUUGCAUAAUGUCAAAUACCAACAGCUAUUUGAGCACAGUUGACUGUAAAUAUGAUGAGAGAUGGAGGAAUUUUGGAAUAUUUUGCGUUUAUGUUUUUUUUAACUUUUUCUUGACGGUUUUUUUUUACUGGAUGUUCCGAGUGCCCAAGUCAAACGAUAGAGUAGUUAAGGAGAAAGAUGAUAAGGAAGGCAAAAGAACUACAUCAAAUGAGGAAACAUGA